AGACGCGAUCGCGACAGAACCCUUUCCAGGGAUUUCAAUGCUUAACUAAUUCGGUGGAAACGUACGGCAAGCGCGGAAUAACAUCAGUCGGAGACGAAAAUCUGUUCUGCGUUUUGCGCCAUGCGCAUCAACAUAUCUACAUUAGGAGAAACACCGAGUGAACGAUUGAAGCGCGAAACCUUUUAAAGCAACUGUCGUGAAUGCUGUUGCAAAAUAGUGCUUUUUGGAGCGUUCAGCUGAAGACUUGUUUCGGGGGAAAUUUGCAAAGUGUCCAAACAGAUGCCAGAAUUGUGAGCCAGUUGAUUAUAAGUAGUUUGUUUAGUAGCGAUUUCCAGAGAUCAAUCGCUAAUCGUUUGUGUCGUUUCGGAAGAGCCAUUCAAAUCAAAUUUUAACCAUCCAUUGUGGGGAAGUUCACGGAUGAGUGUCGUGUCGUGUAUAUGUGAGAUUGUUAUUAUGUUCUGUGACACGUGCCGAAGGUGAAGGUUGAAUUUGAAUACUUGUCGAUAAACCCCGGAGGGAAGUGACAAACAGAUAGUACAGAAUAUUCAACAAUUCGAAACGGUGAAGGUGAUCCGGUUGGCAGUCUUCUUCGGAAACAUAUUUUAAAGAGCGAUUAGUCAAUACAUACUACUACGUCGUCGGUGGCCAUGAUACGCUAGAGAUUGUAGUCAAUCAGCAAAGGGACGGAGGAGAGAUCAUCCAAACACAUUCCCUGGCUAGAGCAUCGGCGAUCAGACGAGGAUCGAUCGUUUUCCCAUCGACAUGGGGAAAUCGGUUUAUACCAUCAAUGCCAACAGUCCCAGCAUUAACGGAAGUACGGAGAAGAAGGCCGGAUCGCUGAUCCAAGAUGACGGGGCCAGUCCGGAGGCGGGAACUUUCCGCACCGUACUUCCACAAAUUUUGGCCAGUACGGCCAAAAAUUUUCUACUGCUGGAUUUAGGAAUGGCUGUGGCCAUUCCGACCAUCGUGAUCCCAGCUCUGCGGGGGCUAAAAAACAGAGCCCCCGAUGAGUUCCUUCAUUUUACUCCGGUGCAGGCGUCCUGGUUUGGAAGUGUUGCGUACAUUUGUCAACCAAUAGGGAGUGUCCUUUCGGGAAUCGUGUUGGAGCCGUUGGGUCGCAAACGAUCCAUGAUUUUGGUGAACAUUCCACAUAUUGUCGCUUGGAUGACGCUGUAUUUUGCUGGAUCCCUGGAGGAAAUGUACAUUGCCGCGGUGCUUCUCGGGAUGGGAGUCGGAUUUAUGGAAGCGCCAAUCGUUACUUACGUAGGAGAAAUUUGUCAACCGUCGAUCCGUGGCAUCCUCACUUCAUGUGCCGGUGUCGCCGUAAUGCUGGGCUUUUUCGUAGUGUUCCUGCUGGGGACCUUCACCACCUGGCGCAUCACGGCUCUGGUCUGCAUGUCGAUUCCGUUGGCGACCAUGAUAGCGAUUUGCUUCGUACCGGAAACGCCGAUGUGGCUGUUGUCCAAGGGUCGCAAGGAAGACGCCCAGAAGUCGCUGCAGUGGCUCCGCGGAUGGGUUUCCCCGAAGGCCGUCGAGAAGGAGUUCCAGCAGAUGCAACGGUACAAUGAGAAUGCUGCCAAGUGCACACCCUGUCAGAAGGUUGGGGCGAUAAGCUGUGAUCAUCCACCGCCAACCGAGUGGAUGAAAUUUAAGGAACUUUUGAGGAAACGUAAUUUGAGGCCCUUUGUAUUGGUAAUGCUGAUGUUUAUUUUCGGGCAGCUAAGCGGACUGACGGGAAUGCGGCCGUAUUUGGUGCAGAUAUUUCAAGCUUAUGAGGUGCCGUUGGAUGCUAACUGGGCAACAGUUUCGACGGGACUUCUUGGGCUUUUGGCAAACAUCGUUUGUAUGAUGAGCAUCAAAUUUGUCGGUAAACGGAGGUUGGCGAUUUGCUCGCUAACCAUGACAUCGAUUUCGUGUUUGUCGUUGGCAGUGUAUGCUUACAACGUAUUCCCUGAGGGAAGGUCGUCGAAUGAUUUGCACACUGUGACUGUUUCUUCGAACGGAUUAAGCUACAUUCCGAUGUGUUUGUUCUUUUUGCUAGCUUUUGCCAGCAGUGUCGGAAUCCUUCCGGUGCCAUGGAUUCUGCUGAGUGAAGUGUUUCCGUUUAAAUAUCGCAGUCUAGCGUGUGGCAUAACGGCUGCUCUCAACUACACGAUGACUUUCGUAACGACGAAAACGUACUUCAAUCUGGAAUCGGCCUUCUCACUGCCCGGUGUGAUAUUGUUCUAUGGCAUCUGUGGCUGCAUCGGGGUUAUUUUCAUCUACUUUUUCCUACCGGAGACCGAGAAACGUACCCUGGAGGACAUCGAAAUCUACUUUUCGGACAACAAGCGGAAACUGACCGAUAUACACAUCACCCGGUACAAUCACAGCGCCGGCAUCUCGAGUCUGGGAGCCAAGGAAAAACAAGGCGUAGAAAACUCAGCCUACGCCGAGAACGAAAAGUGAUUCUCUCGUUUUAGAUACGUGUCUUAUUUAUUUUAACACUAGUGUUUAGUAGCUCGUUUUGCCAUACCGUUUCAAAUGCAAACACCACUGAUAAAAACCACUGAUAUUGAAUUGAAUUUGCAUCAUCUUAUACAUGUAGCAGCUGAAAGUAUAUGAAUUAAAAAAAAGAUCCU